AUGGCAACUCUUCUUCUGUUGCUCCUUUUAGUAGCACUCUUAUUUUCAUGUCAGAAAAUUUCAUUUGCAAGGGAUACCGUUAGCUCUACUGAAUUCCUCAAAUAUGGUGACACCAUUGUUUCAUCUGGUGGAAUCUUUGAGAUGGGAUUUUUUAGCCCUAUCAAUUCACAGAAUAUCUAUGUUGGCAUAUGGUACAAGAACAUACCCAUUCGCACUGUAGUUUGGGUUGCCAAUAGAGAUUCUCCCCUCUCUAAUACAUCAUCAGUAGCCUUGCAGAUCAUCAGUCCAGGCUGGCUAGCUCUAGUUGAUGGCAACGACACUGAUAUCUGGCAUACUAACACUUCCAAACAAGUCCCAAAUGCGGUUGCUAAACUAUUGGAUUCUGGGAAUCUGGUGGUGAUCGAUGCAAAUGAUGAUAACCCAGAGAGUUUCUUGUGGCAAAGUUUUGAUCAUCCUACAGAUACUCAUUUGCCAGGGAUGAAACUCGGGAAGAAUUUCGUUACUGGUAUUGACACAACGUUAUCGGCAUGGAAGUCAGAAAGCAAUCCAGGGAUGGGGGAAUAUGAACUUUCUGUUGAUCCUGCAGGAUGUCCACAACUCAUCUUAAGAAAAGGUGGACAGGAAGUGUCUCGAUGGGGACCGUGGAAUGGUUUGCGUUGGAGUGGAUUAUCUGGAAUGUUAAAAAAGGGCAAGAUUGCAGAAAUUUUUGUAAUCAUUAAUUCAAAUGAGGUUUCCUUCGAUUAUAAUGUUUAUAAUCGCUCAACCUUGGCUAGGACGGUCCUGUCAAAUGUUGGGAGUGCAGAUAUCUAUGUAUGGGAAGAUGGAAAGGGGGAAUGGAACAGUCUCCGUAAAAUACCAACAGAUGUUUGUGACAAAUAUAGACUAUGUGGAGCAUAUGGGAGUUGCGACUAUAAUAACAACGCUGCUUGUGAAUGCUUGGAUAAAUUUUUGCCUAGAGAUCCAGGAGCAUGGGGCAGGACAGAUUUUUCUGGAGGGUGUGUUCGGAGGACACCCCUAAAAUGUCAAAAUACAUCCUCGGAUGGAUUCAAGAAGUACUCUGGUAUUAAAUUGCCAGAUACUCAGUUUUCAUGGUUCAAUAGCAGUAUGAACCUUCAAGAGUGUGAGCAAGUUUGCCUGAAUAAUUGCUCUUGUACGGCUUACUCAAGUUUAGAUAUAAGCAAUGGACAAAAUGGCUGCUUGCUUUGGUUUGGAGAUUUGAUUGACAUUAAAGUUCUACCUGUGCAUGGGCAAGAUCUGUACAUAAGGAUGGCUUCUGCUGAUUUAGAUUAUCCUUCGAGCUCAAAGGGCAAGAAAUCAAAAGUAAUAAAAUUGUGUUCAUCAGUAUUGGUUGGAAUUCUGGUGCUAAGCUUGCUCCUGACUUUGAUCAUAAUAUUGUACAAACGGAAAAGGAGGGAGUACCACUUAAAGUUAAAAUGGGACGAAGAUCAAGCAUUAUUUGAAGUAUCUACAAUAACAAGAGCUACUCAUAACUUUUCACUCGAGAACAAGAUUGGAGAGGGAGGAUAUGGGCUAGUUUACAAGGGUGUUUUGGAUGAUGGAAAGGAAAUAGCUGUGAAACGGCUUUCAAAGUUAUCUAAGCAGGGGAUUGGAGAAUUUAAAAAUGAAGUCAAUUCUAUUGCUAGACUUCAACAUAGGAAUCUUGUGAAACUUCUGGGAUGGUGCAUUCAAGGUGAUGAAAAGAUGUUGAUCUAUGAAUAUAUGCCAAACAAAAGCCUUGACUCAUAUAUAUUUGAUAUUCGUAGGAGAGCAUUACUUGAUUGGUCAAAACGCUUCAACAUUAUCAAUGGAAUUGCUAGAGGGCUUUUGUAUUUGCACCAAGAUUCUCGACUAAAAAUUAUUCAUAGAGAUCUCAAAGCUAGCAACAUUUUGUUAGAUAUUGAUAUGAACCCAAAAAUAUCAGACUUUGGCUUGGCAAGGAGCAUUGGUUUAAACGAGACAGGAGCAAAUACAGACCGAGUUGCUGGAACACUUGGUUAUAUGUCUCCAGAGUAUGCAGGACAUGGGACCUUCUCAAUUAAAUCAGAUGUAUUCAGCUUUGGUGUCUUGGUAGUAGAAAUUGCAUGGAAGCUUUAUAGAGAUGGUAAAUUGAUUGAACUUGUAGAUAAGCAUUUGGAUGAACAACGUGAUUUGCCCCAAAUUCUAAGGUCCAUCCAUGUUGGCCUAUUAUGUGUUCAACAUUGCCCUAAAGAUAGGCCAGACAUGUCUUCUGUAAUUCAUAUGUUGGCGAACGAUGUUGAGUUACCCAAUGCUAAAGAGCCUGGUUUCUUCACAGAUGGAAGCGCAAUCGAGGGUAAAUCUUCCUCAAGCACAGAAAUAUCAUGUUCUAUAAAUGAAGGAAAACUUGCGACGCCCAAACUAGCUUUAAGAAAGAAAAAGAAAAAAGCCCAUGAAUUAAUAAUUCCCAUCCAGAGCAUUAGGCCAUUAGCAAACAGAAUAGGGAGAAAGAGAAGUUACAGUGCAGCAGCAGCUCUUUCAUGGAGAAUAAUGGUGGCCACUAUGGCUGCCUAUUCAAUGGAGAAAUGGAAAUCCUUCAUGAGCGUGGUCAAUUCCUUCUCCACUUCUACUACAAUUAAUGGAAAAGUUAAGCCGAAAAGGAUAGCAGAGUUUGAUGGGAAAAUGAGCAAAGCAGGAGUUAUAGAUGAUAGAACGGAAAUAGAUGUGAAAUGGCUUUUAAAGACUUCUAAGCAAGGGUUUGGAGAAUUUAAAAAUGAAGUCAAUUCUAUUUCCAGAGUUCAACAUAGGAUUCUUUGUAAAGCUUCUGGGAUGGUGCAUUUGGUUUAUACGAUUAGUUUUGACGAUUUCAGCAGCUACAGUGUACUACGUAGAAUUAGUCAACCAAUACACCAUCCCCAGCUCCCAUUGGUUAAGAGCUAUGGUGUACUCUACAUGGCUGACAGAAAAAAACAUAAGAAGAAGAAGAGAAAAUCUAGAUUAGAGAAGCUUUUCUCAAUGGAAACUCUUCUACUUUUAUUAGUGCUCUUAUUUUCAUGUCAGAAAAUUUCAUUUGCAAGGGAUACCGUUAGCUCUACUGAAUUCCUCAAAUAUGGUGACACCAUUGUUUCAUCUGGUGGAAUCUUUGAGAUGGGAUUUUUUAGCCCUAUCAAUUCACAGAAUAUCUAUGUUGGCAUAUGGUACAAGAACAUACCCAUUCGCACUGUAGUUUGGGUUGCCAAUAGAGAUACUCCCCUCUCUAAUACAUCAUCAGUAGCCUUGCAGAUCAUCAGUCCAGGCUGGCUAGCUCUAGUUGAUGGCAACGGCACUGAUAUCUGGCAUACUAACACUUCCAGACAAGUCCAAAAUCCGGUUGCUAAACUAUUGGAUUCUGGGAAUCUGGUGGUGAUUGAUGCAAAUGAUGAUAUCCCAGAGAGUUUCUUGUGGCAAAGUUUUGAUCAUCCUACAGAUACUCAUUUGCCAGGCAUGAAACUCGGGAAGAAUUUCGUUACUGGUCUUGACACAACUUUAUCGGCAUGGAAGUCAGAAAGCAAUCCAGGGAUGGGGGAAUAUGAACUUUCUGUUGAUCCUGCAGGAUGUCCACAACUCAUCUUAAGAAAAGGUGGACAGGAAGUGUCUCGAUGGGGACCAUGGAAUGGUUUGCGUUGGAGUGGAUUACCUGGAAUGAUAAAAAGGACAGAAACUUCCGAAAUGUUUGUAAUCAUGAAUACAAAUGAGGUUUCCUUCAGUUAUAAUAGCUCAACUUUGAUCAGAACGGUUCUGUCAAAUGAUGGGACUGUAAAAAUCUAUAUGUGGUCAGAUGGAAGAAGGGAAUGGAACAAUAUCCGCAAAAUACCAACAGAUGUUUGUGAUGAAUAUAGACUAUGUGGAGCAUAUGAGAGUUGUGACUUUAAUAACAACCCUAUUUGUGGAUGCUUGGAUAAAUUUUUGCCGAGAGAUCCAAGGGCAUGGGGCAGGAGAGAUUAUUCUGGAGGGUGUGUUCGGAGGACACCCCUAGAAUGUCAAAAUACAUCCUCGGAUGGUUUCGUGAAAUAUUCUGGUGUUAAACUGCCAGAUACUGAGUUUUCAUGGUUCAAUAGCAGUAUGAACCUUCAAGAGUGUGAGCAAGUUUGCUUCAACAAUUGCUCUUGUAUGGCUUAUUCAAGUUUAGAUAUAAGCAAUGGUCAAAAUGGCUGCCUGCUUUGGUUCGGAGAUUUGAUUGACAUUAAAGUUCUACCUGUGGAUGGGCAAGAUCUGUACAUAAGGAUGGCUUCCUCUGAUUUAGAUUAUCCUUCAACCUCAAAGGACAAGAAGUCAAAAAUGAUCAAAUUGACUUCAUCAAUAUUGGCUGGAAUUCUGCUGGGGCUGAGCUUGAGCUCAACUCUGGUCAUAAUAUUGUACAAACGGAAAAGGAAGGAGAUUCAUUUAAACUUACAAUGGGAAGAAGAUCAAACAUUAUUUGAAGUAUCUACAAUAACAAGAGCUACUCAUAACUUUUCACUCAACAACAAGAUUGGAGAGGGAGGAUAUGGACCUGUUUACAAGGGCGUUCUAGAUGAUGGAAAGGAAAUAGUUGUGAAACGACUUUCAAAGACAUCUAAGCAAGGGCUUGGAGAAUUUAAAAAUGAAGUCAAUUCUAUUGCCAAACUUCAACAUAGGAAUCUUGUGAAGCUUCUAGGAUGGUGCAUUCAAGGAGAAGAAAAGAUGUUGAUCUAUGAAUAUAUGUCAAAUAAAAGUCUUGACUCAUAUGUAUUUGAUAAUAGAAGAAGUGCAUUACUUGAUUGGCCAAAACGCUUCAACAUUAUCAAUGGCAUUGCAAGAGGGCUUUUGUAUUUGCACCAAGAUUCUCGACUAAAAAUUAUUCAUAGAGAUCUCAAAGCUAGCAACAUUUUGUUAGAUAUUGAUAUGAACCCAAAAAUAUCAGACUUUGGAUUGGCAAGGAGCAUUGAAUUAAACGAGAUAGGAGCAAAUACAAACCGAGUUGCUGGAACACUUGGUUAUAUGUCUCCAGAGUACGCAGGACACGGGAUUUUCUCUAUUAAAUCAGAUGUGUUUAGCUUUGGUGUCUUGGUACUAGAAAUUGUGAGUGGGAAAAGAAAUAGAGAAUUUUCUCAUCAUCAAGAUCACUAUGAGAACCUUCUUGGCCAUGCAUGGAAGUCUCAUAGAAAUGGCAGAUCAAUUGAACUUGUAGAAGAUCAUCUAGCUGAACCACAAGAUUUGCCUCAAGUUCUAAGAUCAAUCCAAGUUGGCUUGCUAUGCGUUCAACACAGCCCUGAAGAUAGGCCAAGCAUGUCUUCCAUUGUUCAUAUGUUGGCUAAUGAUGUUCAAUUACCCAUUCCUAAAGAGCCAGGUUUCUUCAUAGAGAAAAGGGUAAUUGAGCCCAAUUCUUCAGACACUGAAAAAUCAUGUUCCAUAAAUGAAGUCACCAUCUCAGUGCUCAAUCCUCGUUAGAAACGAUGGUUUUAUAAUUGUAUUGUUACUUUUAUUUGCCUCGGGUUUGUAUUUCUUUUUCCAAGUUUUAUAGGAUUAAAUGGUGUGAUAUAUAGGAAACCUCUCAUUAAUUCAACAUAUACCCCACUAAUGUGUUAAUAACUCUGAAACCAAUGCAUAUUUUCACUUCAA